CAUUUUCAUGUCAUGUGAUGGGAUGGUCAGAGAGCGAGCUGGUCAAAGCUAGCACUGCAUGUGUAUCUUCUAGCACAAGAUGCUGACCGUGUGGGUGCUCGUUUGUGCCAUGAUGGCUCUGACCAGAGCUGAGGCUCUUCCAGAGGAAAAGGCCGAAAAGGACGAUCAAGCAGAGAUCGACCUGGUUGCAAGAACCUUCCGAUACCGGUGUCCCCGUGGUUGGUCUCAGUUCAAUCGUCGCUGCUUCCACUUUGUCCCAAAACCUAUGACUUGGGCCCAGGCUGAGAGAAACUGUCGGUCCAUGCGUGGGAACUUGGCAUCAGUGCACAGCGUGCAGGAGUACCAUAAGAUUCAGAAGCUGAUAAUGAAGGCCACUCAUGGGUACAAACCAACAUGGAUCGGAGGCUCUGAUGCACAAGAGGACACAGUUUGGCUCUGGAGUGACGGUACAACUUUCCACUAUUCAAACUGGUGUCGUGGAGAACCGAACAACUAUUUUGGAUGGCAGAACUGUAUACAGAUCAAUUAUGGAGAUCAGAAGUGCUGGGAUGAUCUGCAGUGUAACAGACGUCUCCCAUCCAUCUGUGCCAAGAAAGCCCAAUGAUUCCUGUCAGAGUCCACCAUCAACACUGACAGAUGUGUUGGAGUUUAUCUUUGAAAACUCAUCUGUCUUUGUGUCUUUACUCUCAUAACUAACCCAAAGUCUCUUUAUCUCAUUUCACAUCUUUAUUUCUUCUCUAUCGCUGUAACGCUACUUAAGGAACGAAACGACAAGUGACAGUAACAGGAGCUGGAUUGUCUCUUAGGUCUUGUGCCUUUAGUGAGAGCAAACUGAAUGUGUAAUGAAAGAAUGCUUUUAGCACAACUUUAUUCUGCAGAGUGAAAUAAUCUUUCUUAUCUAAAGCAAAAUUAAAAGACUAAAGCAUUGAAACAAA